AUUUAGUCCGCCACAACCGUGGAGCCGCCGUGUCGUCGGGGAAGCGUGCUCGUCUCGCGCACAGGAGGCCCGGUUUCGAUUCCCAUCCAGACCGAAUUAUUUGUAUAUUUUGAUACAUAAAACAAAACAAUGAAGCUUUCUAGCUGCGCUGCUUUGCUGAUUGUUGCCUUGUCGGAAGUUGCUUCCGAAACAAAGAAAUGCAACAACACGUGUGUAAAGAAGUGGUGCUCUGAAGUUACAAAUCCAGAAUAUAACACACACCUGAACAAUGCCCCCAUGGAUCCCGAACUGACGAUGUUAUUGGAAGAAAUAAAACCAAAAGAGGAAAGCCCAAAGAAAGAGGAACCACAACAGAAAGAACCGGAAAAAAAGGAAGGUGAAGGACACGAUGUUUCGGAUGCGUUCUAUUACGAAGGAGCUGGUUACAACCUCGGCUGCGCGGACAGUUCCGGAAGAAGGUACGCAAACGGAAAGGGGUGCGUCCUAGAUUUCCGAAGAGGUUAUUAUGACAAAACUGGGCGUCCCACUCCAAGAUGCUUGCUUGGAAAGUGCAAGGAUGGGAGGUGCUUACAAGAUGGAUACGGCACCUGCGCUGUAUACUAAGACGAAGGGACCAAAGUUUCGCGAUCAGUUACAUUUAAAAAAAGUUACUUCGUCUUCUUCAAAUAAAGUUGUUUGCUCCUGGC